GACUGAGAAGAAAAUACAGGGAAAAAGGAAAAGCUGCUUUCCGUCACUGACGUCAUCAACAUGCGACGGUUUGGCGCGACUGCUGGCUUACUACUCGAAACGUUGGGGUUGUUGCUGGUGCUGGAAAGCCACCAUCUUUGGAUUAACUGCAUUUCCCUCUGCGACAACAUUGCGGUCAAGUUCAGCCAGUGAUGAAUCCAGUAAUUAGACGGAGACUUCCUCUGUCAGUGCGGAGUCUUCUGACAGACAUUGGUCCGAAAGAGGAAUGGACAGAGACAGAGCCCGACACGGUGAACAGAGAUGGGAUCCUGCUUCCUUCCAGAGGAGCUGCUUCGGGACAAGAGGAGCUUCUUACACCAGCAAGGACACAAGAGGAAAAGACUGCAGAGGAUGAUAGCAAUACAAGGAGAAGUGCAGUCUGCAUGCUGUGUAAAUGUAAACCUGCUUGUUACACCUGCCCAAGAUGCAACCUGCAUUACUGUGGCUUGGCUUGCUACCAAAGCCAAGAGCACUCUGUAUGCUCUGAGGACUUUUACAAGGAGUCUGUUCUACAGGAGCUGAAGGAUAUGGGGAAAACUGAAAGUGAGGGGAGAAAGAAAAUGCAGGAGGUUCUUUUGGGACUCAGACAAAAAGCGGAGAGGACGGAUGGAGGGAUGGAAACUUUAUUAAAAGAAGCUGGUGUUCUCUCAGAGGACACAGACGAAGGAGAAGGAGAGGCAACAGGGAAAGUGCAGGUGGUUGAGCUCUUGUCCCGGUUAGCAGAGCUUCAACAGUCUGGAGAGGGGACUGAAACUGAGAUUGAGGCUAUUUUAAAGAAACUUGAAAAGAUUGGAGAAGGAGAAGACCUGCUUCCCGGGGACAUAGAUGAGGACCCUGAAGGUGCAGAAGGGGAGCUGGACUUGGCUGAUCGGCUUUCAGGGCUUGAUAUUGACAAACUGGGUGAGGAGGAACUGUGGGAGCUUCUCAACAGUAAAGAGAAAGAUACAUUUAUGGGUCUGAUGAAGGAUGGAGCUCUUGGAAGGCUGGUCUGCCUGUGGAAGCCUUGGUGGGAGGAGCAUGAGGAGGGUGGGAGAUCCCUGGUGGAGGUGCUUGAAGAAGAAAUGAGCAAACAGGGUAAAGAGCAUGCAGGCUUGGUAGAGCAGCAGGAGAGUGCUAAUAAAGCUCAAGAAGUGGUUCAGAAUCAGGGAAAAACUGCUUCAAAGUUGAGAAAGAAUAAAGGAGAAAAGAGAAAGGACAUAAGCAAGAGCAAGGGAAGUUCAACAGUUCGAAGCAUCCCUUCAAUUUCAGCAAAAAUACCAAAGCUGAGCUCCUUGUGUGCAAAUCCAUCUCCCUUAGUUUGCUACGGUUUGGUCAAUGCGCUCUAUGGCUACACUUUCACCCUGUCUCUCUUCAACAAUGACACGGAUUCAAUGAUGUUUGAGUUCUGUGACAUGACUCUUGCUCUUUCUGAGGCACUGAACUCUAACAGGGUGUUCAGCUCCCUCCAGGAGGCCUUAGACGGUGGGGAAACACUCAUUUUGGAUGGAGGUUACCUGGAUAAGGAAGAUCCUCUUGCCCCAGCCAGGGCGGUGGAAGCCGCGGCUCACGUCAUGACCGGCAGGAACAGGAAAGAUGCUUCAGGAUACUGCCUGGCAGCCUUGAGUCAGCUUCGUUCAGUACUCUCAAAGGCCAGAACAACCCUGUCUAAAGAGGAAGAAGAAGGAGCAAAGAGACAGAAGUAUUUCCUGGCAACAAAGAAAUGUGAAUUCUUUCAAGCCUGGGUUCUGGACAAUGAAAACAGGAUUCGCUCACUUGCUAUUGAGUUGUGGACUGAACACAGCAGAAGAGAGAGUGUGAGGAUCAGCUUGGAGAAAGCAAAGACUGUAGUUGAGCAGAACUUGAAGAAGAAGAAGAGCAAAGGGAAUAGAAGCUUAAUUGAGGAAUUGAGCUGAUGUUUUCUUCAAUGUAAUUACAAGUUCACCACAAAAUAAAGAUAUUUCUGAUUACCUGAA